AUGCCCAGGGCUAGGGCAGCAAACAUAUUGCGAUUCGGACUCCAUAAUCGACUUACACAGCCUCCAAGGAUAUCGCCAUUGUGCCGCAAAACAAACGCAGUGCCGCAAGCUACAUUUGAUCCUGCAAAUAGCCCAACAGGUCGAAUAUCAUACCAACGAUAUUCCAGCCAUAAACCAGAAGGGCCCGAGAAAUCGCAGUACAUAUCUCAGCGUCAUUCCAAUCAUCAACAGUCUUCGAGAGUGUCAUUUGCCCGACUAGAGCAUUCCCAAGCGCCGCGACAGUUGGUUCACACUUUCGAGCGAGCAGAGACCGGAGCACACAAUCCCACUGAGAAGAACUUUUCACAAGAUCUACUUCCUCUACAAAGCGGAUACGGCACUUGGGGCUCUUUGCUGAUUGUAUCCCUUGUCGCCGGACUCGCUGCCUACGCUUUUACUGGCUUCCAGACUGGGACGGAACAUACACGCACAGAAGACCCAGCUCAGCAAUCCCCACAGUACAAAGAGGCGGUAUAUUUUGGGGACUUCGAUAUGUCACAAGAGAAUCAGGUUGGCAGAGUGGGGCAUCUGACCGCAGAAGAAGAGGAAAAGUUGAAGGAAUUAUGGGUUGUCACUCUCGAAGUUUUUGGUGUGCUGGAUAAGGCCCCUCCAGAGGUUGCUGGAAAUGAAAAUGUUGACUCGGAUCCGGCGGAUUCGAAAAAGCCCAAGAAGAAAAGACUGGGAAUGUUUCGACGAGGUAACAAAGAUACCGAUUCAACAGCAUCAGGGGACUCGGGGUCAAAGGCAGCCGCGCCUGGCGCAGAUGCAAAUGACAAAUAUGGCCAGACAAAAGAAUUUCAUGAAGCAAUAGCAAGCAUUCCUCCGGAGACAUUAAGGCAAACGUUUUGGAGUAUGGUCAAGCACGAUCACCCAGAUGCGUUAUUGUUAAGGUUCCUUCGUGCAAGGAAAUGGGAUGUCAAUAAAGCAUUGAUCAUGAUGAUCUCGACCAUGCGAUGGAGGGCUGCAGAUGUUCAUGUUGACGACGAUAUCAUGAAGAAUGGCGAGCUCACAGCAUUAGCCGACAUCAGCGGAAGUGAUGCUGCGAAAAAGAAAAUGGCCGAAGAUUUCUUGGCUCAAAUGCGAAUGGGAAAGAGUUUCUUUCAUGGUACGGACAAGGAAGGGAGACCCAUGUGUUUUGUGAGGGCUCGUCUUCACAAGCAAGGCGAGCAGAGUGAAGAGAGUCUCGAAAGAUAUACUGUCUUUACUAUCGAGACAGGGCGCAUGAUUCUUACGCCCCCUACUGAUACCGCCUGUGUGGUAUUUGAUCUGACGGGGUUUUCAAUGGCGAAUAUGGAUUAUGCUCCUGUUAAGUUCAUGAUAAAGUGCUUCGAAGCCAAUUAUCCAGAGAGUUUGGGUGUUGUACUUGUGCACAAAGCGCCAUGGAUAUUCCAAGGUAUCUGGAAGAUCAUCAGGGGCUGGUUGGACCCUGUUGUUGCAAGCAAGGUUCAUUUCACAAACAACGAGCAAGAGAUGGAAGAAUUUGUCCCAAAAUCAAAUAUUCUAAAGGAGCUCGGCGGUCAAGAAGAUUGGUCUUACCAAUAUAUUGAGCCAACUCCGGGAGAGAAUGAUCGUAUGAAGGAUACAGCGACGAGAGACAAAUUAAUCGCAGAAAGAGAGGAAGUCGUCAAACAAUACGAAUCAGCAACCAAGAAUUGGAUUGAUAGUAAAGACGCAGUUGCUGCUAAAGAGGCAAGGCUCAAGCUCGCAAAUACCCUUCGAGAUGGGUAUUGGGUUCUAGACCCCUACGUGCGAGCCAGAUCGUACUAUGAUCGUGUUGCUUUGAUCGGUCCCGGAGGAAAGCCACAGUUUUACCCAUCCAGAGUGGCAGCUUCAGCUCAAGCUCCAUUGACCAAUGGAGCUCCCAAAUUAGAGACGUCAGCGGCGGAUUUGGAUUAG